GCUGUGUCUAGGGCGGGCGGGGGACCGGUAUAAAGCAGCAGGCGCCUGUACCGCUCCACCUCACACGCAGUGCCCGCUGGAGUCUGUUCUGCCCCCUCCCCACUCAGUUCAACGCCACCAUGACAUCAGGCAUCCAGUCCUCCUUCCUCCUGCUGCUGCUACUAUUAGUGCUUCCAGUUCUUACAAGUUCUGGCCCCCAAAGCAGACAAAUAGAGACUUCUACUGGCCAAAGCCAUCCGUCAUCCAGCUUCACUGAGAGAAAUACUGGGAGCAUGGCCAGCACUUUACACUCCAUCCACAGUUCUGGUUCAGGCUCAGGCUCUCCAGUCCCCGAUGUCACUUCAGCCCUGGACACCAGACCAGCCUUAGGCUCUACCACCACUUCAGCACCUGAUGUCACCUCAGGCACCACAACCACUCCAGCACCUGAUGUCACUUCAGCCCUGGACACCAGACCAGCCUCAGGCUCCAACACCACCCCAGCGCCUGAUGUCACCUUGAUCCCGGACACUAGACCAGCCUCAAGCUCCACCACCACUCUAGCACCUGAUGUCACCGCAGGCCUGGAAACCAGACCAGCCUCAGGCACCACCACUAUUCCACUAUUCACCUCGGCCCUGGAUACCAGACCAGUCUUAGGCUCAACCACCACCCUAACACCUGAUGUUACCUUGGCCCCGGACACCAGACCAGCCUUAGGCUCCACCAUGAGUCCACCACCUGAUGUCACCUUGGCUCCAGACACCAGACCAGCCUCAGGCUCCACCACCACUCCACCACCUAAUGUCACCUCGUCCCCGGACACCAGACCAGCCUCAGCCUCCACCACCACUCCACCACCUAAUGUCACCUCGGCCCCGGACACCAGACCAGCCUCAGCCUCCACCACCACUCCACCACCUAAUGUCACCUCGGCCCCGGACACCAGACCAGUCUCAGGCUCAACCACCACCCUAACACCUGAUGUCACCUUGGCCCCAGACACCAGACCAGCCUCAGGCUCCACCAUGAGUCCACUGCCUAAUGUCACCUCGUCCCCGGACACCAGACCAGUCUCAGCCUCCACCACCACUCCACCACCUAAUGUCACCUCAGCCCCGGACACCAGAUCAGUCUCAGGCUCAACCACCACCCUAACACCUUAUGUCACCUUGGCCCCAGACACCAGACCAGCCUCAGGCUCCACCAUGAGUCCACUGCCUGAUGUCACCUCAGCCCCGGACACCAGACCAGCCUCAGGCUCCAUCACUACCCUAAUGUCUGAUGUCACCUUGGCCUGGGACACCAGACCAGCUUCAGGCUCCACCAUCACUCUAGUGCCUGAGGUCACCUCAGCCCUGGACACCAGACCAGCCUCAGACUCCACCAUCACCCUAACACCUGAUGUCACCUUGGCUCCAGACACCAGACCAGUGUCAGGCUCCAGUACCACUCUAGCACCUGAAAUCACCUCAGGUCUGGAAACAAGACCAGCCUCAGACACCACCACCUCUCCAGCGCCUGAUGUCACCUCAGCCCCAGACACCAGUCUAGCCUCAGGCUCCACCACUGCUCCAGCACCUGAUGUCACCCCAGCCCUGGAAACCAGACCACCCUCAGGCACCACCACCACUCCAGUGCCCAAUGUCACCUUGGCCUCAGACACUAGACCAGCUUCAGACACCACCACCACUCUAGCCCCUGAUGUCACUUCGGCCCCAACCAGGAGUUCUACAUCAGGUUCAGCUUCUACUCUAGUGCAGAAUGGCAUCUCUGCCAAGGCUACCACAACCCCAGGUGCCAAGGUUACCCCGUCCUCAAUUCCCAGCCACCACUCUGACACUCCCACCUCCCUGGCCAGCCACAGCACCAGAACUAUUGCCAGUAGCACCCACCGCAGCACAGCACCUUCUCCCACCUCCCCCAGUCACACAACUUCUUCCCAGUUGUCUGUUAGGGUCUCUUUCUUCUUUCUAUCUUUUUACAUUAUAAACCUCCAGUUUAAUUCUUCCUUGGAAGAUCCCAGCACCAACUACUACCAAGAGCUGCAGAGAAACAUUUCUGAAUUGUUUUUGCAGAUUUACAAACAAGAGGAUUUUCUGGGCAUCUCUUCUAUCAAUUUCAGGCCUGGAUCUGUGGUGGUAGAAUCGACUCUGGCCUUCAGGGGGAGUACUGUCAGUGUCCAAGAUGUGGAAAUGAAGCUUCUUCAGCAAGAAGAGGAAGCAUCCAGAUAUAACCUGAACAUCACAAGAGUCAGUGUGCAUAAUGUGCUAACUCCUUCCUCUGCUCAGUCUGGGUCUGGAGUACCAGGCUGGGGCAUUGCCCUGCUGGUGCUGGUCUGUGUUCUGGUCACAUUGGCCAUCGUCUAUCUCAUUGCCCUGGCUGUGUGUCAUUGUCGUCGCAAGAAUUAUGGACAGCUGGACAUCUUUCCAACCCGGGAUGCCUACCACCCUAUGAGCGAAUACCCUACCUACCACACCCAUGGGCGCUAUGUGCCUCCUGCCAGUACCAGUCGAAGCCCCUAUGAGGAGGUUUCCUCGGGUAAUGGUGGCAGCAGCCUCUCUUACAUGAACCCAACAGCGGCAGCCACUUCUGCCAACUUGUAGGGGCAUGUCACAUGCUGAGCCAAGCAGCCAACCAGUGCCAGCCUGCCUCCUCAGGUUCUCCACAGCCAGUGCUUUUUGCCCCUCUGCUCUGCCCAUGGUUUCCCCCAGAGGCCCCACUAAGUUCCUUAACCCCUCUCAGCCUGGUGAAAUCCACGCCUGCCCCAGGGGAUAUGCCUGGGGAGUGGUGCAGUUGUGGCUCAGGGGUAGAACGAGCCCAAGGAUGGGCAUAGGAACCUGAAUAUGGCUGAAUAAAGUGUGGCCUCCCUCUG